AAUCGACUUUUUUAUUCUCGGCCCGAAUACCUAAUUUACAAAAAGGGUAAUUAAAAAUGGACUUUACCAAUGGAGAAAAACGAGACAUGGUAAAAAUGGUAGAAACGAUGUCAACACAUCGAAAGUGUAUUUGAACAUGUACAAAAUAUGCGGACAGAAUGGAUGAGGGAACUAAAGAAAAUAAAGCUGAUGAGAUUACAGAAUUACGGGAUCCGCCAUCAUCGACAGUCGCACGAUUUUCGUGUUUUUUCCACGCAUUUUCGAGAAUGCUCCUGCUCGGCCAUUUUCUCGUCGCCGUCGCGAUAUUCGAAGCGUCCGGCGACCCCCAACCCAUCUCGAAAGAGCUCGACGACGAAAGAGACUGGAUCGAGAUCAACUACCGUCCGGUGCGCUUUAGCCAGUCCAUCUACAAAGCCCAGGUGCUGAAAAACAACUCCAUCGACGUGGUGGACGGUCCCAUCCUGCUCGACAACCCACCGGAGGGCGUCUACUUCGUCGUCACGUCAGACAAUUACGUCGACUACGUCCUGACGAUAUCGCCUAACGACACCAAGGACCCGACCCGCGAGAUGUCGGUGACGAUGGAGGUCUCCGGAGACGCGUCCAUGCAACGCGACUUGGACGUGGUGAUUUUGGAAGCGUUGGACGACAACCUGACACCUCUGGCGAGAACCACUAUUUUGGUGGUCGACGGCGACGAGUACGACCCCUACAAGCUGAUGCUGAAGACGGACAACCGGAAGUACAUCGUUUUGGACCGUUUCUAUUUCCAGCUGUUCCUGUUGCUGCUGAUAGUGACCGGGGUGCUGCUGUGGCUCGUCGAAAUGCACGACAUCGUCAGACACUUGCGCGCCAGGCGGCAAAGGAAGCAGGUCUCCUACAAAAUACUGACCGAUGCCUGAGGGGAGGUGAAAGGACCCCUUAUGAAGCCUCCUAACAGUGAUAUUAGUUUUUAAAUCGGAUAUUCCACAUUUACUGAAUAAAUAUCCUAGUUAAAUUGCGGCUUCCAUGAAUCAAGAGCAACCCAGGUGCAAGACUCCUAGACAUUUGACGUCAGCUGCUGUGUGCCUAAGUUUAACCCAGCGGCUAGCUGUUAUACCAAUUUAAAAAAUCGUUGUCGAUCCCAGACAUCUCACUUUAGCUGCUUAGAGCUUAAUUGUACAGGACUGUCUAGGUAUUAGAAAAUAUAUUACCAUUCCUAGUUGCACUUAUUUUAAACGCAGUGUCUGGGUCUUCUGUCAAUAAAGAAAAUCAUUGUCCCCAUACAUCUAACUUCACCUACCUGGCGUC